AUGGCUCAAGAUCCCCGUGUCCUUCUCCAAAAGGCCGACAAAGCACUCUCUAGCGCCUCAGGAGGCUUUAGCUGGUUUGGAGGAAGAACUGAAAAGUAUGAGAAUGCCGCAGAUCUCUACAGCCAGGCUGCAAAUGCCUUCCGAGUCCAGAAAAUGAACAAGGAGGCUGGCCAAGCCUUUGAAAAAGCCGCCUCUAUCCAAACUCAGAACCUCAACGAGCCUGAUGACGCCGCGAAUACUCUCCAGGAAGCAUUCAAGGUCUACCGCAAGUCAGACCCUGAAGAUGCUGCUCGCGUCCUUUCCAGUGCUAUUCAGCACUACGUCUUACGAGGAAACCUGCGCCGUGCGGCGACUCAGCAACAAUAUCUGGCCGAGUUGUAUGAGGUGGAGCUUGGAGAUAUGAAGAAGGCCCUGGAGUCGUAUGAGAAGGCUGCCGAGUGGUUCGAAGGCGACAAUGCUGAAGCUCUUGCUAACAAGCACUUCCUCAAGGUUGCGGACCUGGCUGCUCUGGACAACGAUUACUACAAGGCCAUCAAUAACUUUGAGCGCAUCGGCCGGUCUUCUAUUAACAACAACCUGAUGCGUUGGAGUGUAAAGGACUAUUUGUUGAAGGCUGGUAUCUGUCAUCUUGCUACAAAGGACUUGGUUGAGACCCAUCGUGCUUUGGAAUCAUACCGAGAGCUCGACCCUAGCUUUGCGUCAAUGCGGGAACACCAGCUGCUCGUGGACCUGACUCAAGCUGUUGAGGAUGGCGACCAGGAGGUUUUUGCUGAGAAGCUGUUCCAGUAUGAUCAGCUCAGCAAACUGGACAAGUGGAAGACUACUCUCCUUUUGCGGAUCAAGAAUAACAUCGAGGAGGCUGAGGAGGACUUUUCGUAA